UUGCGUCAUACUAUGCAGAGAUAACAAGACGGAAGACAUUGAAACUAAAAGAGUCCGUAAUGCAGAAUAUCUAAGACAGUACAGAAAACGUUAGAAAUAGAAGUAUUAGAUAAUGAACCUGAAGGUCCCACAAAAAUACCAAAAAAUAAUGCUGAAUGUAUGACGGAAUACAGAAAUCGUAAGAAGCAAUUACUUCAAGUUAAUGAUUCCACAUCAUUAGCAACUACAAGCGUCCCUACAAGAAUCGCGCAACCAAGGAUGUUUCGUCGACAGUUGGUUGCCUUGUCUCGACUGUACAGUCAGUACUUAGGCAAUGGUUACCCUGACCGGAAUUCAAACCCACACGAUCCGCCAAGAAUUCUUAUAACAGGAAGCCUGGGGCAGCUGGGAGUCGAAGUAGCGAGGUUUCUGAGAGGAGUAUAUGGCCAGGAAAACGUUAUAAUGUCCGAUAUAAUCAAGCCCAGUAAUGAAGUGUUUAAUGAAGGUCCUUUCAUAUUCGCUGACAUACUGGAUUUUAAGGGACUGCAGGAAAUUGUGGUGAUGCAUCGUAUUGAUUGGCUGAUACACUUCAGCGCAUUGCUUAGUGCCAUAGGCGAGCAGAACGUUCCAUUGGCCAUCAGAGUCAACAUUGAAGGCGUACACAACGCGAUCGAACUGGCGAAACAGUACAAAUUGAAGAUAUUUGUACCAAGUACGAUAGGGGCAUUCGGACCGGAAUCUCCCAGAAACCCAACGCCGAAUGUGGCAGUCCAACGCCCGAAGACGAUAUACGGUGUUUCUAAGGUCCACGCGGAGCUUCUGGGGGAAUAUUAUUUCCACCGGUACGGCCUCGAUUUCCGUUGCCUCCGCUUUCCUGGUGUUAUUUCCAGCGACCCUCCGGGUGGAGGGACCACUGAUUACGCAGUGGCAAUCUUUCACGACGUACUUCAGACUGGGAGGUUCGAAUGCUACCUCAGCCCGGACACACGCUUGCCCAUGAUGUACAUCAAGGAUUGCCUCAGAGCCCUCUGGGAGUUCAUGGUGACUCCAUCAGCGAAGCUGAAGAGACGAGUCUACAACGUCACAGCUAUGAGCUUCACUCCGGAAGAACUAGCCGCCGAGAUAGCCAAGCAGGUUCCUGAAAUCAAGGUCACUUACCGCCCCGACAGUCGACAGCUGAUCGCCGACUCUUGGCCGCAGGUGUUCGACGACAGCGCGGCGCGAGAGGACUGGGGCUGGCGGCAUGAAUACGACAUUACGAAAUUAGUGACGGCCAUGGUCGACGAUGUAAGUCGACAGAAGCGAUUACGCCACUCAGUGAACGAAUUAUGAAACUCGAGUGAAUAAAUUACUAAUAAAUGUGUGCUUGUGAGUGUUUCAAGGUCACGGCGAAGUUGGACGAGAACCAAAUUCAGCUGAAGUGACAUUUCGUUUACGUGGACCUCAGACUGGGUGUAAAUGCUUUUGGGCAGCACUGUGCUUUAAUCAUCACUGAUUUCAUGUUUGAUGGGUUCUUUUUUGGUCUGGUAUAACUGGUCGGUUCUCCAGGUAAGAAAUAGGCCUGAGCCUACGGAACUCCCACGAAGGGUCUUUUCCCCUUAAUACUGCAUAUGGGAUUGUUGAAUACUAUGAAGUGAUUUUGAAUAAAUGUUAUUUUGAAAUAUGAAAAUUA